AAAGAGAUAAAAAGGGAAAUAUUCAGAAUCAGAAAUCUCUGUUGGCUGUUAGUGAUUAUUUCAGUAUAUAAACAAACACAUGAGUCUUCUAUGAGAAGCUACCAUUAUCCUCUGCACAGAGUGAGUAACAGCAGGAAGCUGUUCUUGAGAUUUUGGCCGACAGAUUCCUCGGGAGAUGGAACUUGACUACCUUAUGGACUUCGAGGACUACUUCCCCUCCAUGAUUGCGAGGAUGGGGGCAGAAGGGUUCAUUGGAGAACUCUGCAACGGGUUUCGCUUGCUCAUGGACGUGAACAAGGGUCUCAUCACCUUCGAGAGCUUGAAGAUCAACUGUUACUUGCUAGGUUUGGACGUGAGAGACGAUGUGCUCGUGGGCAUGCUAAUGGAGGGCGAUUUGGACGGAGAUGGUGCUCUUAGUCAAAUGGAGUUCUGCAUUCUCAUGUUUAGGCUCAGUCCUUGUUUGAUGGAUUCACCUAAAAUGUGCAGCACUCAGGUUGGUGGAGACCCCAUGCUCAUGUAGAAUGUAAAAAAACUGUUACUUUUACUCUUAACACUCCUUCUUUUUACCUACUUCUCCUUCUUCCGUUUUUCUCUUUCUCAGUUACAUAGUUAGCUUAAGAGAACUUUCGAAGAAGAAUUCAUGUUGUUGUUGUGACUUUCAUAAAUCUUAAUUUAGUAUGUUAUUCAAUGUUCUCCAGAACAUAACAAUGUCCAUCCAUCUGUAAUUUCUCUCUUUCUCUCUCUAUAUAAAGUAACGAAUGAUUGCCUCAGAUGCCAC